AUGCGAUAUGAUGAUGAACUUAAAUAUGAUCAAAAAACUUAUAUGCCUAAUCCUAUUCGUUGUAUUGUUUUAUCAAUUGCAUUAAUCUAUUAUUUUCGACUUCCAACAAAUGAAGAUAAUAUUCAACGUAAUGAUAAAAAAACACCAUCACGAGAACAAUUAUCUGAACUUCUUUGUAAAGCUAUACCAAAUUUUGAUCAAAUUAUACAAAAUGAAUUGGAACAAUUUGUUAAUACUAAUAAUUUUUUUAUUCCACAAGGAGUAGCAAUUAAUCAAGCUGUUCGUGAACAUAUCUUUUCAAUUGUAGUUAGUAUUGUUACACGAACACCUUUAUGUAUUAUUGGUGUUCCUGGUCAAUCGAAAACCUUAUCUUUUCAAAUUGUUCUUCAAAAUCUUCAAGAUGAAGCUUCAUUACCUGAUGAAAAGAAAAUGAUUUUAAAAGUUUUACAUCCAUAUUUAGAUGAAUGUAAAGUAGCAUUUGUAGCUAUUGCUAAUAAAGCAUUUGAUGCAGCUAAUGCUAAUCGAAUGAUUUGUAUUUAUCGUUCAUUACCAUCUGAAGAUGAUCAAAAAAUCUUAGCUUAUGGUUGUUUGGGUUUACCAUUAGAAAAACGACAAGCAAUGAUAAAUGAUCGUCUUGAUAAGAUUAUCUAUGGUUUAUGUCAUGGUUAUCGACGAAUUCUUCAUUCAUUAGAUAUUCCUCAUAUAUUUCAUGAUCGUGAUUUUAUUUAUAUGUUAAGAGAAUUAAGAUUUGAAUUAAAAAAUAUAAAUAAUAUUGAAGAAACUAGUAUUGGAGAAAUAACACCACAAAGUUUAUUACGAGCAUUAGAAGAUAAUUUUAAUGGAAUUCGAAUGGAAGAAUUUGAUAAAUUAGUUAAUAUUUUUGCUAUAGCUGUUGAAGAACAAUGUCCUGAUUUUCGAAUAUUAAUUACUGAAAAACAACAAAUUCAACGUAAUAGUCCAACAAUAUUACAUAAUUCAAUGAAAUUAGAUUCAAUACAUCGUCGACUCUAUGGUAGAUAUAAAUUAAUAAUUGAUGAAUCUGAAGAUGAAAGUGCUGUUCGUCUUCUAUUUCAAUUUGGUAUUCUUGAUUCUGAUCCAAAUCGAACAACUAUUUUUCGUAUGCCUGAUUUUCCUGAUGAUAUUGAUAAUGAAUUACGAAAUGUUGAAAUAUUAUCAAAUAUUAAAUUAUGUAUGGAAACAGGUAAAACUAUAUUAAUGAUUAAUACAGGUCGUAUUCAUGGUUCACUUUAUGAUGUUUUCAAUCAAAAUUUUUCUAUUAUGUCAACGGAAGAAAAUCGAAAAAUUUUUUCUAAAGUCGCUAUUGGUCCAAAAACAAUUGAUGUUAUUGUACAUGAAAAUUUUCAAUGUAUUGUUCAUAUUAAACGAAGUGAAUUUAAAGAUAUUCCAGCACCAUUUUUAAGUUGUUUUCAAAAAUAUUCUUUAAGUAUAGCUGAUUUUUAUUCAAUUCAAUUACGAGAAAUUUCUAUUGAAGAACAAAAUCUUAUGAAAAAUAUUGAAAUAAAAAUUCGAUCAUUUAUUAAUCAUUUUGGAAACGAAUAUAUUUAUGGUUUUAAUGAUGAAACAUUAUAUUCACAUAAUAAACAACAAUCUAUUCUUUUUUUUAUUCUUUCAAAAUUUUUGCAAUUAAUUUCACCGGAAUCAAUAAUUUUUAAAUUACCAACAUUCGAUGAAAAUACAGCUCGAUUAUUAUGUCAAAAUUAUUUUUAUCAACAAGAACAUUUUAAUAUUGAAAAUUUUCUUUAUCGAUUUAUUUCUAAUUCAUCAUUAACUGUAGAUGAUAGAGAAUUAUUAACUAUGAAUGAUGCUAUCUAUCAAAAAAUUAAUAAUAUUAUCAUGACAAGAAAAUUAAUCAUAUUUACACGUACAUCAUCAUUUGUUAUGAGUUUAAAUAAACAAUCAAAAAAUGAUUUAUUUCGUCAAAAUGAUGAGAAUGAUAUGAUGAUGAACAUUAGUGAAAAAAUCGAUAUUAUAAAUCUCACAAUCAUUGAAAAUUCAAGUGAAUUACUUGAACAAUUUCAAAGUUUUGAACAAUCAAAUCAAAAAUCUAUUCUUAUCAUUGUUAUUGAUGGUCGUAUUGGACAAUAA